UCCAACUAACACGCUGCUGCUGCUUCGUUUGCUUUCCAUUCUUUAAUUAGCCGCUGCCUUCCUGCUUCGUCACGUACUAGUACUCCACUGUACUAGCACUAGCACUACCACUCACCAUCACUGCAUUAGAUUUAGGAGGAGUAGGAGUCGCAUUUGCAUCUUUCUCUAAUUAUCACUCGUCAUUAGCUAGCUAGCUCGUAGUAGGAGAGAGCAGAGGCAGAGAAGCAAGCAAGGACCCGGAUAGAUCAAGAAGAAGAAGAGGAAGAUGCACGCCAAGACGGACUCGGAGGUGACGAGCCUGGCGCCGUCGUCGCCGCCGCGAUCCCCGACGUCGCGCGGCGGGCGGCAAGCCUACUACGUGCAGAGCCCGUCUAGGGACUCGCAUGACGGCGAGAAGACGGCCACCUCGGUGCACUCCACGCCGGCCCUCAGCCCCAUGGGAUCGCCGCGCCACUCCGUCGGCAGGGACUCCUCCUCCAGCCGCUUCUCCGGCCACCCCAAGCGCAAGGCCGACAAGUCCUCCGGCCGCAAGGGCGCCCCGCCCGGCAAGGGCUGGCAGGAGAUCGGCGUCAUCGAGGAGGAGGGCUUCCUCGACGACGACGACGAGCGCAGGGGCAUCCCCAAGCGCUGCAAGUACUUCCUCAUCUUCGUCCUCGGCUUCGUCGUCCUCUUCUCCUUCUUCGCCCUCGUCCUCUGGGGCGCCAGCCGCUCCCAGAAGCCACAAAUCGUCAUGAAGAGCAUCACGUUCGAGAACUUCAUCAUCCAGGCGGGCACGGACGCGUCGCUGGUGCCGACGGACAUGGCGACGACCAACUCGACGGUGAAGUUCACCUACCGGAACACGGGCACAUUCUUCGGGAUCCACGUGACGGCGGACCCGUUCCAGCUGUCGUACAGCCAGCUGACGCUGGCCUCCGGCGACCUGAACAAGUUCUACCAGGCUCGGAGCAGCCGGAGGACGGUGAGCGUGGGGGUGACGGGGAACAAGGUGCCUCUGUACGGCGGCGGGCCGACGCUGACGGCGGGGGGAGGGAGCAAGGGGAGCAGCAGCGUGGCGCCGGUGCCGAUGAUCCUGCGGACGACGGUGCACUCGCGGGCGUACGUGCUGGGGGCGCUGGUGAAGCCCAAGUUCACCCGCGGCAUCGAGUGCAAGGUGCUCAUGAACCCCGCCAAGCUCAACAAACCCAUCUCCCUCGACAAGGCCUGCGUAUACCUCUAAUCUAAUUAAGGAUGGAUUAUUCAUGCUCCUUCGCCGAUGAUUACUCCUAGCUUUGUCUUUCCUCAUCUGUGCAUUCUUUCUUCUUCAUUUCUUCCUUCCUCCUCCUCCUCCUUUUUUUUCGCUGAUCGAUCCAGCCAUCAUAUAUGUAUGUACUGUAUUUCCCAGACAGAUUCGUUACUAUACCAAACGAUCAAUUCUUUGCAAAUCAAUGAGAACACGUGGAAUUAUUAAUUCAAUGAUAAUGGAUUACAAACAGAUGAGUGAGCAUGCAAUUUUCGGUGGU